AUGGCACGCCCGACUAGUGGAGUCGGGCAUCAGCCAACUUUAUGGCUUUUGUUCAUUUUACGUUUUCGAAAAUGUGUGAAACUAAAGCAUUUACUGAUCAUAUUUUUCAUUCUAAUUAUUUUUACUUAUUUACGUCUUAUUAACCAUGCGCCAUCCGAACAACAUUCGAAUGGUAAAGCUCCAGCAAAUAAAAAUAGUCGAAUCCUUUCUCCAGUCGAAGAUCAUUAUCGUCCGAAUAUACCAGAUAAAUGUGACUUUGCAGAAACCGAAAAUCUACUCAAAUAUAAGCCAAAAAAAGAUCCGAAAAUGAGUGCAGAUGAAGAUCUUCGCCCUCAACCAUCCAUUGCUCGUUUACGCAAACUUUUCUCCAUACUCAUUUCCCAUGAAGACAAGUAUCGUGCAGCAUUAGAUUAUUUAGGUGUUUUUCGUUUCACUGACUUAAUUAAUACAUUGCGUCCAUUUGCUAAUAACACGCAGCGUUUACAACAAAUCUACUGUCUUUUCCAAAGAUAUAUCACUGUCUCCGACAAUGGACAUAUUGAUAUUCAACCGGAAAUGAUCACUUAUUUGAAAAAAGUCUCUCAUUAUUUAUCCGAUGGUUUUAACACUGAACAUCCAAGUUGGAAAAAACCGUUAGGAGAAAAACCAGUUAUUGUACUUGCUGCUAACUCACGUUUUUAUGACACAUUGCAAGCUUCUAUGCGUACAGUUAAUAAAUAUUUUAUGGAACAUACUAUUGUUAUCUAUGAUCUAGGCUUCGAUCAAAAUCAACUGAAUAUGAUCAAAAGCAAUUGUCCACGCUGUACGACCAUUCCAUUUCCAUUCGAUAAACUCGCCACAGUUUCUCCUCACGUUCGAAAUUUACCAAAUUUUGCUUGGAAACCUAUUAUAGUACAGGAUGCAGUACGUCGUUAUGGCACCAUUAUUUACGGCGAUACAUCAGUCCGUUACUUAACAUCGGACUUCGAUCGUAUCAUUAUCGAUAAUUCUAUUCGAGGAUUUUCUUGCCGCGAACUACCUGGUCAUUAUCUAUCUUGCUUUACCUUGAGUGGAACAUUUGCAUGGUUUAAUGAAACGUCUGCGACGUUUGACGAUGUUUAUAUCGCUGAAGCUGGUUUUGUUGCUGUGACGGAUAAUUUUCUCUCUCGUCUAGUUUUGAAAACCUGGGUUGCCUGUGCACUAGACGCGGAAUGUAUAUCACCAUCCAAUUCGAAAACUCAAUGUCGCCGUAUGGGUGGACCAUCCGGAACACAUCGUUAUGAUCAAUCAGCGAUGGUUGCCGUCUUGUCAUUUUACUUUUUUCAAAGUUUUCGUGAGAGCGACAAAAGCGAGCCAGCACCCUACGAUAUGUUUGCAUCCAUUCAACAGAAAGUAGCUGAAGUUCGACGUUUUGAAGGUGAUAAUACUUAUUUCACAGUUCGAAAACAUGUCAAUGACAACCCAAAUGCGCCCAUCGCAAAUAACAAAACAGCUUAG